CCCUGGCCAGAGUCUGUAAUCGGCACUUACAUUCAGAAAGCAAUAGAUCGAUCGGAAGAGGAGAUUUCUCCCGACGUUCCUCGCACUCUCUCGCUACUCUUGCGGCUCACGUCGACGGCGAUCCCUCGCCGGCGGCCAGGGGUUACAUCUCGUCACCACCGUCUGCGGUCAUCUAGCAUAUUCCGGCAACGGCGAGUGGGCAGAAGGAGGACAACGACGCGGAGGAGUAAGGGACGAGCAAGGUAGCCGCCGCCGUCGGAGGAGGAAAGAUGAUACUCCCGGUUGCUAAGCUCGGGACCCUGUUGCUGAAAACGAUGUCGAAGCCCAUCGCGACCAGGCUAAAGACGGAGGCCAGCCGCCACCCCAAGUUCCGGCAGCUAAUCAUCAACCUCGCCCAGGCAAAUCACCGUAUCUCCACAAACAUCCAAAGAAGAGUAUAUGGCCAUUCAACUAGUGUUGAGAUUCGGCCAUUGAAUGAGGAGAAAGCUGUUCAAGCUGCUGCAGAUCUUAUUGGGGAGCUCUUUGUUUUCUCGGUUGCUGGGGCUGCUGUAAUCUUUGAGGUGCAAAGAAGUGCAAGGUCAGAGGCCCGAAAGGAGGAGGCUCGCAAAAAGGAAAUUGAGGCAAUAAGGCAAAAGGAGGAACAACUGGCUCAAGAUUUACUAAUCAUGAAGCAGAAGCUUAGUGACUUAGAGCACGUUGCUAAUUCACGAGGUCUCUCUGGAUUAUUCAGGAGCAGCAGUGUGCCAGAUCAGAGGCCACAUGCCUAGUUGGUUUGACUGAAACAAAGCUGUCGCUUCAAGGACAAAACUCUUAACCAGUUGAACCAACGACUCUCCUGCCCUGUUUCUUGAAGCUCCCACCAUGUUGAUUGUGUUGUCCCACUAACCAUUAUGGGAUGACCCCAUCGGAUUUGAAAGACCAGAGUUUAUUUUGGCAUGCUGUCUACUUGGUUCUGGCAAGUUGCACUAAAUGCACGAGAUGUAUGGGGCGUGUUGUGAAGACAAAAAGACUCAUUCAGAUGUCAUGUUGUGGAGGAUUCCUCUUCUAUGCAGUUUCUCUCUUUGUGCUUUGGAGGUGUUUUUUUUUUGUGUACGAUAAGGGUCUAGUUGUAGUUGUGCUUUUUUGGUAGAAUUUCUGGAAUCCAUCUGGGAGUGCAAUAUUUUGCUCGAGGAUUUUUUUUUUAGACCAAAGACCAUUGGCCCCGCUUUGUAUAAAGCAUAAAAGAUUCAGCUGGGGAAACCAA